AGUCCUACCAAGCAUACACCCGCACAGCAUUUCUUCCCCCUUCUUACAGCCAGAAUUCAUCAAGAAGACAGCAUGACAACCGGCUUCACCGCUUUCUUCGCUCGAUUAAGAGUUGAGAACUCCAAAGCUUCCUACCCGGACGCUGAGUGCUCAACUCUUACGUCUUACCUGAACGGCGACAUCGACGUGCAGCAAUGCGCAACAGAGCUCACAGAAUACACCGACAGACGUCUCCCAGUCAGCUCAAAGCUCGUUAUUUGGGGUCUGAUCAUUCAGCUGGGCCUCAACUUCGCCGAGACACACGAGGAUCUUGUUGCUCUCAGCAAGGAAGUACUUUGUAUUCCAGCAAGCAAGGCAACGGGCGGUAUCGACUGGACAAACGAGACACAGUCACUCGGUCAAGCAUUUCGCAGCUUCUACGAUAGCACUCGUGGCCCCACGCUCGAUGCUGACAACGCAGGUGCGCAGAAGCCAACGACUGGUCAGUCAACCGCUAGCCGGCAAUGGUCCAACAUCAACGAGUUCGGCGCGAGACUGCAGCAUGCAGGGUUAUUAGAUGACUCGCUGAAUGGUUUGCUUUUGAUUGUCAAGCUCCUGGAGAUGAAGCCGAGCGAAGCACAGGUGCAGAUGAAUCUGGGCGCGGCAGCAGCAUGGCUGGAAUUCGCGAGCAAGGAGAUCAGGGAAGGCGCUGCAGGCGUUGGAGCACACACAAAUUGGGCUCAGAGUAGCGAUUACAAGAAGGAGCCUCAGGUGGAUGGCAAGAGAUUGGUGUUGUGGAAGGAGCGGCUGGCAGAGCUUAGUGGUCUACCCUACGUCAGCGAGGAACUGGCGGUCAGCUGUGAGAGAGCUACGACUGCGAUCGAGCAGGCACUUUGGGAGAGGAAGAAUUGAUGCACAUAAUCG